GAAUUUUAUGCGUCCGAGCAACCUAUGAAAAUAGCUUAUUUGCUCUGACAACACAAUAUAACAUUAUGGAUAGAUUUGUUUAUUAAUGUAUGCCAGUGUGGUUUAAAUAAAUCAAGUAGUGCAACAUGUCAGUUUGCCCAGUGGUAAUGUGUUUCCCUUGAUGCGUUUGUGCCGAUCUCCGCCCUUCACAUUGACAUUUCGAGCAUGUGUGAAUGAGGCGGCGGUGCGCGAGGCUCACGCAGUUUUGUUUUGUUAUGUUUUCUCUGUGUUUGGCGAUCUGACACAACGAUUUCCCAGAUGGCGUUUUAAUUCACCAGGCUCUAUUGUAAGGAUUCGUCUAUUGUAAUUGCAUCAUGACAUCGGUUUGGAAGAGACUUCAGCGCGCUGGCAAAAGAGCCUCGAAGUUUCAGUUUGCUGCGUCCUUUCAAGAACUCACCGUAGAGUGCACGAGAAAGUGGCAGCCAGACAAACUGAGAGUGGUAUGGACCAGACGAAACAGACGCAUUUGCUCCAGGCUUCAUGGCUGGCAACCAGGUAUAAAGAAUCCAUACAGGGGGACGGUGGUCUGGCAGGUUCCUGAAAACAUUGACAUUACACUCACUCUGUUUAAGGAUCCAAAUGCAGAUGAAUUUGAGGACAAAGACUGGACAUUUAUCAUAGAGAAUGAAACAAAGGGCCAUCGGAAAGUUUUAGCAUCAGUUGAUGUAAACAUGAAGGAGUACGCAAGUGCGACGCCGGCUCAGUUUGAACUUGUCCUUAAACUGAAGCCUCUGUCUGUGAAAGUGGUGGAUGUAACACUCAAACUCACUCUGUCCUGUGUCUUCCUGAAAGAGGGCAAAGCCACUGAUGAAGACAUGCAGAGUUUGGCCAGUCUGAUGAGUUUAAAGCAGUCUGAUGUUGGAAACCUGGAUGACUUCAAUGACAGUGAUGAAGAAGAGGACAAAAGAAUGAGUACAGCAGUGAAAAUGGCCACGGCUGUAAUAGCUCCUCAUCCCUCUGCUAGAAUACACGACAAGGCCUGGAGACCUGCUGUAGACACAGGCCCCUCUGACACAGAUCAUUCAAACGUUCCACUCCGCCCCCUGUCAUGCACUGCACCUGACCCUAUUGCCAAACCCCUCUCCACUUCCUGUAUCCAACCCCUUCAUGCUGCUGGCAGUGGUCCGCAGACACGCCCCUCACCCUACGCCUUCACUAUACCUGCAUUCAUGCGAGCCCAUCCACCGGCCCUGCCCAGAAUCUUCCAGCCUCCAGCAGGCUCAGUUGCUGUAUCUGUCCCCCGAAGGCCCUGCAGGGGUCUUGUAAAUUCUGAGCAAAUUGAAACCACUGGUUCUGCUGAGGGUGCUGUAGCACCUCACAUGCUACCCAUCACUUCUCCUCCUGGGCUUACAAUACCCCCUUUUCCUAUUUGCUCUGCUCAAACAUGCUCGUCCCCUCAGCAGACACCAUUGCCGGAUAUUACCCACACAGCCAAACUUUCUUCUGCUCAAGGCAAAUCCAGGAGACCUCAUAGUUUCCCUUCUUUUCCAUCUUCCCCUUCUACUCCUGACCCUGCCCUCUCUGACUUUGGUUCCUCAAAUAAUUCCAUGACUCUAACACGGCCCUCAAAAAUAUAUCGCACCUCAUUGGCUGAGCCAGGUUCUGCCCUCACAAAGCCUACAAGUAUGCCCUGUGCCACAGAGACAGCCUCUUGGCAAAGAGAGUGGAGGUCUCCCAAACUGCAGCCUGCUCUGUGCCCUGUUCCCUCUACCUCAGCAGAACAUAUUAACCCUAUGCAGGACUUGCAGCCAACGUGCCACUCAGCCUCAACUGCCUCCUAUUUUCCUGCACAAACCACUUUCCUAAUGGAUGCCCCUCUGCCUGCUUUAUCUUCAUCCCAUGUGCAUUCUCCUUCCCUCGUGGUUCCCCAACCAAUAAAACAUGUGCCCUUUACUGUUACCCCCAACUCUGCUGUAACAUCUCCCAUUGUUGUUUCAUCCUCUGAGAUACUCAACACGGUUUCUGCCUCUACCCCUUGCACUCAAAUCCUCCCAACUGCCAGCAUCUCUCCUCUUUCAGCCUCAUUUGCUUUCUCUGCAAUUGCCCCUGCUAUACCAUCUAGUUCUUCAUCUACCCCAAAACCAUGUGUUUCUGCUUUCUCGUCAUCUGUUCUUCGCACCAUUUCAGAUACACCGAUUUGUUCCUCUCCUGAUGUUGGGCCUGUGGUUGCUCCACCUGUUGUCUCCGAGUCAGUGUUGACCUCAGACCCUUUUCAAGGGGUCCAGACGUUUGAAUGGAGGCAUCAGGUUGUGCCCACAGUGAUUCGACCUUAUGUGCGUAGACCUAUAGCCCCCUUUCCAGUGGAAGCACCUAGCUCUCCUUUUUCUCCUGUCAAUCUUUCUUCACUCUGUUUUAAACCCACUGAUUCCCACAUUUAUAACCAAUCCUCCACUGCAUCCUCAGAUAUUGGCUUCAUUUCUGACUCAGUCACAGAGAAACACAGACAUUUAAGUGUAUUAACAGAGGAGGAAUAUCCAAAUACAGUGUGUUCUGAGGAUGCAGACACUAAACUUGAUGUUCCUCAAAACCAUGAACCUCACCCUUCCAAAACUGGAGGCAACCAAAGACCAAACAUCAGUUUUGACAAGCAGCAACCUGUUUUUGGACUUGAGGUUGUAAGGCCUGCAAAAAGGCCAGAGAGUUUGGCCUCCUUGCUGCCAUAUGACCAUAUGUCACCUCAUGUCUCUGAUGUUAAAUAUUUUGAGCUGCCACAACCAGAACUGUCUGAUGCAAAGAGAAUGCCCACCUAUGUAGUCUCCAAAACUAUCCCAGAAUCUUCUGUGGUCUCUGUCUUCACUUCGUCAAUGAAUGUGGUCCAGUCCAUGCCAUCAGAUAAUAUACAGAACUCUACUGAGCUUGCUGUUUCGCAGUCAGUUGCACAAAUGCAAACAACAAAUGAGAUAGGUCCUCAUGAAGACAAGACCUUGAUAGAGUCCUCUUAUGUUAUAAGUAGUGUUCAAAAAGUGGAUAGAAUACAAGAACAGACAACAAGUUCAGAAUGUAUGACAAAGCUCCAUCAUUCUGAUCCAGAAAAGUCCCAGUCACAUCAUCUUGAUAAGGGCACCACAAGCAUGGAUGCUUUGCUACCCUUAUCACCACAAAUGUCUCCAUGGUCAACAUCUGUAUUGGCUGAUGAUACAGCUGAGAAUCAUACGGGUGACUUGUUUGAAGACAAGCUGCUGAUCAACCAGGAAGCUAGCAUUUUUCCCUCUGAAUAUAAGAAAAAGAGUGAAGGAGAGGAGGCUAUGAAAAGUAUGGCUGUGUCAAGAUGCUUUGAAGAUGUCAGUCGUGUUCCUUCUAUGCCCAACAUGGCACUUCUUCUUCCAGCCUGUCCCAAAACUGCUUUGCUACCAGGAAUGCCAUCUUUAACUUUUCCAGAAGGGUUGACCUAUAGGGCUUGGGAGUCUGUAAAAAUAUUUAAUGAGUGUAUUAAGGAAGAGAAACCAGUAGAAUGUCUUGACGUGGAAUAUGCAUUUUAUAACACAAGUACAGUGAAGAAUAUGAUGUUGCUACAGUCGGCAUGUCCAAGAACUGCCAACAUCCCAGGAUUUCCAUCAUUGCUAUUUCAUAUGAAACAAUCCCCCAACAUGGUUAGCCUCCUUUGGACAUGUCCCAAAGUCUCUCUAGUGCCUGGUUCACCUUCAAGAUAUCCAAUUAUUUGGUCAGAUGAAGGAUACUGUAAUAAGAAUUUGGUAUUAUGGGAGAGACAUUUUAGGAAAAGUAAUGAGCAAAGUUUGAUAAUGUCCUCAAUUAAAGCUAAAAAUAUGGCUGCAUUGAAACCAUCAUGCUCAGCAGCACCCAAGAUUCCUGGAUUUCCAUGUGCUCCAAAACCGGGUAUACCAACGAGUAUGGCAAGUAUUUUCCAAUGUUGUCCAAAAGUGUCCUACAUUGCUGGAUUUCCAUCUGUAAAAGACCUUAAUUCAUGUCAAAAUAGUGCCCAACUGUGGCCAUCCAACGAUGAUUUAUCUAUAAUAAUUGCACAAAGAAAUCCGUCAUAUUUGAACAUCCUUUUGCCUUUGGAAGACAUUGAUCUUAAUCAAUUAAGGGGAAUUGUGAGCAUAGUGCCAGCUUGCCCAGGAAAAGCAAGAAUUCCUGGUUUUCCAUCUGUACCAAAACAAAAACAAGACAUUGCAUACAACAUGACAAAAUUUGUACCUUCCUUCCCAAAAGUCACUUUGGUCUCUGGACUAUCUUCUAUACAGAUCCUUACAAAAACAGAUUUCGUUAAAGAAUGGCCAGAGAACAUGAAACCAGUUUGGAUUAAGACACUAGCAUAUCAGCCAUGUAAUUCAAUCUACCAAUGUCCAGAACAGUAUAAGAUUCCACAAGACAACAAUGCUAAUAAGAGAAUGGCAUCAAUAACACCAUCUUGCCCAAGACACGCAAGAACACCUGGAUCCCCUUCUGCACCAUGGCUUGCACCUGAAACCCAAAUAAUUUCUGGAACACUAUCAACCUGUCCACUGAUUGCUAAAACUCCAGGAAUCUCCUCUUUAAACAUGAGCAAAAUUGAUAAGGCUAUGGUAAAUAACUGGUCUUUUAAGGACAAUGCUCUUUUGGUGAGAAGGUGUUUAAAAGAAACACCAAUGAACCCAUCUAAGGAGAAGAAAGUUGCUUAUCAGGAUGAAGAACGUUUUAGAAUGCAUGCUAUUUUGCCAUGUUGCCCAGCUAAAGCAAGUGUUACUGGCUUUCCUUCUGCACAUCCUUUGGUCAUGGUUUUAAUUUCCCCUUCUUGCCCCACAGUUUCAAUAGUACCUGGAAUGCAAUCAAGCAAAAUAUCCAAAGUGGAAUUUCAGUGGUUUGUAAAUGAGACACCGUUAUGGGUUGAAAAACCGAAGAGUAGGCUUUGUCAACUCAAACAUCCUGUUCUGCCUCAGUACAGGGAAAUCAAGGAUGAAGCAAUCAAAAGAAAUAUGUUAGCUUUGCGACCAUCUUGUGCAACCAGUUCUAAACUGCCUGGCUUCCCAUCAGCACCAGGGCCAAAAAAGAAAGGAAAAGUACCAGAUAUGGUUUCUAUUAUGACAUGUUGUCCACAUCGUACUAAAAUAUCUGGUAUUCCAUCACUUGACUUAGGAAAUGGGACAUCUUUAGCCACAUGGCCUUUUAGGCACAUGCCUCUGUACAAGCGGAUCCUGAAGGAUGAGUCAAAUAUAAUAGGCACUUCAUUAAUAAACUGUGCGCAUCAGUCGAAUUUUCAAAUGGCAAAUAUGACUACUGUGCCAUCUUGUGCAAGGCAGUCAAGUGUGCCUGGAUUUCCAUCCACAUAUAGUUGUUUAUGGUCAACACAAUUUGAUGGCCAUAAACAAGGAUAUUCAAAAGUGCUUGGUGUGACAGAUGUUGAAGUAGAUCUUUCCUCGCCAAACAAAUCUGACCAUAGAUUUGUAUUAGAGGAGACCAAGGAGAUUAUAAACUUUUCGUCCGAGGAAGGAGAUAAGGGAAUCCUUGAGAGGGGGAACAUACAUUGCAGAAUGUGGCAUUCCAUACCAGACAUGCCACUAUUAUUGACUGUUGGGAAGAGAUCUGGAAGUGAUCAGAUCCUACCUUCUUCCACAUGCAGUGAGACUUACAUAGAUAGUCUGGCUAAAAACAGUGUGGUGGAUAAGGGUAUAAUAUGGACAUCAACAGAAAGACCAGAUCAGUUGGCUUAUGAAUUGAAGAAAGGACAGACUACCGAUGGUCAUACAGGAGUGCAGCAAAAUUGUGUACAAAACAUGGUAGAUCUUCUUCCAUCAUGUCCAUUGUUCUCCAAGGUUAUUGGAUGUCCAUCUACAGCCCUUUGUAGCCAACAUGAAACAGACAAAAUCAACUGGCCCACUGAUUUAUUUAUAAUUUGGGACAAGACACAUAAAUCUACAAAAAACAUUUUGUUAACACCAUUUCAGUCCCUCUCUGAGGUAUCUCUCACCUACACAUGUCCAAAUAAAACAAGAAUUCCUGGCUUUCCAUCUGCUAAGAGAACAGCUGUUUUGGGAAGACAUUUCAUGAGUGCAUUGUGUCCAUCUUGCCCAGAGACAUCAAUUGUUAUUGGCACACCUUCCCGGUCCCAAAUUCCAGAGAAAAAGGAUCAUGAGGAGUGGCUUAGCAUAAAAACGUCAAUUUUGGAAAAACACUCAAAACCUAAGCCAAUUUUAAAUAUUGAAUGUCCAGUUGAGUAUUCUGCCACUGCAAGGAUGGUGGCCAUGGUCCCAUGCUGUCCACAUUCAACAUGUAUUCCUGGUUUUCCAUCUGCACCAAUGAGCAAAGUAACAACUAUUCAGUCAUGCGAAAAGUCAAGUCAGGAAAAUCUCUUAUCUACUAAUCCAAAAGAUUCAACAAUUGCUGAGUUGAAACAGAAUAUUGAUGCCAAGUGUGCAAAGGAGGCACCUCAUGAUAAUUUAACCAUACAAUCUCAAAGAGCUGCACAGAUGUUGGAUUCUAUCCCUAUAGCUCAAAUAGAGCCAAGUAUGUUGGAGCUUUUUCCAUCUUGUCCACUGCUUUCUAGUAUCCCAGGAUAUCCAUCUUUAAGGGACCUUCCAAGUGUAGAGUGGAUUACUGAAAAGUCAAUAAUAUCCUGCAAUUUAUUGAUGGAGAAACCAACUGGAAUUUUUGACACUGGCACUGGAAAAGUUGGCGAUCACUCAGAGAUAGCAAUGGCACCAACAUGCCCACAAGCGUCAUGUAUUCCAGGAUUUCCAUCUAGACCUCAUCCUAAAUUACACAUUAGGCCAAGAAUGCAAAACAUUUGCUUCUCUUGCCCAACAGUUUCCUAUAUAGCUGGCUGUCAGAGCAUCCAGACACCUAAAACAUCCAACUGGCCUAUGAAUGCAAUAACCAUGUGGUCAAACCCAAUAAAACUUCCUGUUGUUGUGGACAUGGACACACUACCUCAACAAACCAUUUCUAGAAUGUUUGCAUUAUCUCCAACAUGUCCAUCAGUCGUCUGUAUCCCAGGUUUUCCAUCUGUGCCCAAACCAAUAAUGCUACACAUCCUUCCAACUUGCCCCGAGAAGUCUAAUAUUAUUGGAUUUUCUUCUAAAGGGGGACUAAAGCAUUUAGACAGGUCAAUUGACAAGAAAACAUUGUACAGUAUACCUCUUAGAAGCAAGCAUGUUGCUAUUGUUGAAAGACUGGAUUGGAUCAAUGACUUAUCAAAAAUAAUGUUUGCAUUGGCCCCAACCUGUCCACUACAAGCAAGCAUACCGGGAUUCCCAUAUGCAUAUAAGCACAAAGUUAAGCUGCCUCCCAGUAUGACUGAAAUUCAUCAGUGUGUUCCGAAGAUGUCAAAAAUCAUUGGAUUUUCAUCAAGUGAACAUAAAGUGAACGCAGAAUUGUGGCUUACUAAUGAAAAGUUCCUAAUGGAGACACCACUGAAACCUAAAUCAGAACUACUUGUACAAUUUUCUGUGGAUUCAUCAUCUGAGCAAAUUUACAGGUGUAUUUUGCACAUGUUUUCACUAGUGUCAACCUGCCCAAGAGAAGCUUGUAUACCUGGUUUUCCCUCUUUACCCCACAUUAAAGUGGAAGGUUUCUAUCUCAAUAAACAGCCAGACAUAGUCAACCUUUUACAUUCAUGCCCAAAGCUUUCUUUCAACUUAGGCAUUCCUUCAGUAAAUUUUGUACCUAUAGAGGAAUCUCAGCUUAACAUGUGGUCAACUCAGAGAUCGAUGUGGAUCAAACCCUUUAAGGAGAGACUUGUUUUGUCUGUUGGUCAUACAAAGAUUUAUGAAGAAGAUUCCAAAACUAUGAUCUUGCUUGCUCCUACCUGCCCUGAUAAGGCACAAAUAUAUGGGUUUCCUUGCUUAGAAAGGCCCAUAAAAGAAAAGUGCACAAUGACAUCUAUUGUGCAACCUUCUCCAGAAGUUGUCCAGCCUGUAACCAAUGAAAUACAUUUCAACAACAAAGUAAUGGAUGUGCCAUGUGGUCCAGCUGACGCAAAACUUCUUGGUUUCCCAGAUACUUCUACAAGUUCUGUAUUAAGUCCACCCCACCAACAUACUGAAUCUGAAUCCAUAUUUACCCAACACGUAGAAUCAGAAAGAAAUCAAUUGCCUGAAAUUAAAGAAACUGACAAGGCCAUAAAAAUAGAAUGUAUUUAUGAGGUGGCCUUGCCUAAAGGUAUCAGUAGUGAACCGGAGUAUUUUCUGGAAGAGCAACAUUUUGGAGAGCAAUCUUCUAGUAAAUCCCAUGAUACCACAGAGCAAGGGGAUACUGAUAUAGUAUUAGGAUGGGAAGUCUUGGAAGCAGAUGAUACUUCUACAGAAAAAGAAGGAUCUUCUGGUCUUGUAAAGACUAUAGUUGAUGUCUUUCACAAAGGUUAUGAGACCGUUGCAGCAAUAUGGCAGCCCUCUAGUACCGAAUCAGUCUUGGACACAUUAGAUACUGCCAACACCCUUUCUUUUUCUAUGGAUCAUGAGGACAGAAGCAUUCAACAGGCCAGUGGAUUGGAGGCACUCGGGCAGGCAGCAGAGCCUGAAGGGUUAGAUUUUGCUGAACCCUACAUGUGGCGUUUGGUUAGUGGUCGUUCGGAAUCAUCACUCUCAUCAACAGAGAAUGAAAGCUGUUCUUUAGAAGAAGAGGAUUUUUGUCUAAUGAGGAAAUGGCCCCCUUUGACAGAGGCUGAUCUUAAUGAGAUGACCAAAGAGGAACAAGAGGACAACAUGCGUGUUGACUCAUUAGUGCAAGAGGGGACGGGUGUUGCUCAAGAGCAGGAUUUUAAGAAAACUAAUAGUGUUGAUGAGAAUGUGAUGGAGGACGUUGUAAAGUUAAAGAGAGUACAAGAUAAAGCAGAAGCAGAAUUUUCGGCCACAUUAUUGCCAGAAAAGGGGCCACAACACUUUAAUGAACAAGAAGUCUCUCAUUUCUUCCAACUGACAAAGGCCGAAUUAACUGAUGAAGAGACACUGUCUAUAUCCUUACCAUCCUCACAAACAAUAAGUAACAUAAAAACCAACGAAGAGCAGACUGUUGAUUCAGCGUCAAAAGAACUAAUGCCACCAAGAAGAACCAAGAAAGAAGAGAAUUCAUCAUUAUUGACACUAGGUUCCAAUUCAGCUGUGAAAUCCUCUGAACCAGAUACUCAGUGUGACAGGAUCUGUGUCAUAAAACAAACAUACGAUUCCCAGAGUGUAUCACAUAAUGUACAGCAUCAUGGUGAAGAUGUUACAGACUCAGAAAAAGUGUCAGAAACAGAAAAACUCUCCAUCAUCAAAAGUUCUUCAGCUACAUUAGAUGAGGGUCCAUCUUUAGAGAAAGUGUUAGAGUCUCAUCCAAUACCUGUACCGUUAACACGGGCCAAAAACCGUCAGACUGCCACUUUAAAUGAUGAUGUCUCUACAGUAGAGGCUGCUGAAAAAGAAACAAAUGUGGACAAAAAUGUUGUGUGUCCAUCAGGAACCCAAGAGAACUCCACAAUCCAAGAAAAUGUUCCUCUUGUGUCUUCUACAUUUUACACAUUACAACCUAAUUGGUCUGAUGGCCAGGCACUAACAGUCACACAAAUAUAUGCCCCUAAAAGGCAGAAGAGUAAAGUUCAAUCCAUUAAAGACCCAGAGUCUGAAGUAAAGGGCUCAGAUUUACCGUUUGCAAUGCCGCGUGUGAAGAAGCAUCUUAGUGGUUCAUUUCCAGAUGAUCUUCCAACUUCCUCCACCUUCUCUCUGGGGGAUUCCGAUAAUAUUGUUACCCAAAAUGAAGAGCCUCAAGAUUCAAGUAUGCUGGUCCCAAUGCCCCGUCUGAAAAAACGUCUUAGUGGUACUUUUCCAGAUGAUCUUCCAACCCCCUUAUCUUGUGGGGAUAAAAGUAGUGUUGGUCCCCAAAAUGAAGAGCAACAAGGCUCAGAUUUACCGGUUGCAAGGCCACGUGAGAAGAAACGUUUGAGUAGUUCAUUUCCAGAAGAUCUUUCUGUAAAAGAAGAGUAUCAGGGCUUAGAUUUACCGGUUGUACUGCCACGUGUAAAGAAGCGUCUGAGUGGUUCAUUUCCAAAUGACCUUCCUGAAAAAGAAGAGUAUCAGGGCUUAGAUUUACCCGUUGUACUGCCACGUGUGAAGAAGCGUCUGAGUGGUAAAUUUCCAGAUGACCUUCCUGAAAAAGAAGAGUAUCAGGGCUUAAAUUUACCGGUUGUACUGCCAUGUGUAAAGAAGCGCCUGAGUGGUUCAUUUCCAGAUGAUCUUCUUGAAAAAGAAGAUCACCAGGGCACAGAUUUACCGGUUGCAAUACCACGUGUAAAGAAGCGUCUGAGUGGUUUAUUUCCAGAUGAUCUUCCUGAAAAAGAAGAGAAUCAGGGCUUAGAUUUACCUGUUGAACUGCCAUGUGAGAAGAGGAAUUUGGGUGGUUCAUUUCCAGAUGAACUUCCUAAAAAAGAAGAUCAUCAGGGCUCAGAUUUACCAGUUGCAAAGCCUCGUGAGAAGAAAAAUUUGUGUGGUUCAUUUCCAGACGAACUUUUGGGAAAAAAAGAGCAUUGGGUAUCAGAUUUACCUGUUGUACUGCCGCGUGUGAAGAAGUGUCUAAGUGGUUCAUUUCCAGAAGAACUUCCUAAAAAUGAAGAGCAUCGUUUGAGUGGUUCAUUUCCAGAUGAACUUAUGGAAAAAAAAGAGCAUCGGGUCCCAGAUUUACCGGUUGUACUGCCCCGUCUGAAAAAGCGUCUGAGUAGUUCAUUUCCAGAUGACCUUCCUGAAAAAGAAGAGCAUCAGGGCUCAGAUUUACCAAUUGUACUGCCGGGUGUGAAGAAGCGUCUGAGUGGUUCAUUUACAGAUGACCUUCCUGAUCCUUCUGCCUGUCCACCACCUUUUGUACAAUCUGUUGAUGUUAGUAUAGAUGAGAGAGUUUCAACUGAUACAAUCAAACCUGAUAUAGUUACCCACUCUAAAAUGCACUUCAGUGCCAGCUUUUCUGGUGAGACCCAUCUAAGCUUCUCUGAAGUUUUAUGUUGUGCAGGCUUAGAGGAGGGACAGCUUCCCUUUUCAGAAAAUGGACAAUAUUCUGUUGAAAUUGCCAAAGAAGGUUCCACACAAGACACGCAACUCCCCCCUCAACUGAGAAACGAAGUAGGGAUAGAAAUCAUGGAGAAUGUAAACAUCUCAACUGCCCAUGAAAUGAAACUAAACAUAAAAGGUGUAAAGGACUCUGAUAUGGUAAAUGUUGAGCAGAUUGCUACUGACUUGACAGCAGUCUGUGAAAAAGACAUUGGUGCUGCACUUGAUGAACAUGUUUGUGAGGACAAUUUGGGCAUGACCCCUGUAGAUGACACAGGUGUUGGCUUAGAUGUUUCUAGGCAAGAAACAUCAGACAAUACACCUAAUCUUCCUGUGCCAAUGCCUCGCAUAAAGAAACGUUUAAGCGCCUCUUUCCCAGAAGACAGUUCCAUUCCCUCAUCAGCCUAUCAAAGUGAAGUUUCAGUAAAGGGCAGUGAUGAACCUAUAGUCCCCGUUCGUAAUAAAAGGAGAGCUGCAGCAGAUGCCAUGGACCUUCAAGGAAUUUCCACAGAUAACACUGCACCCAAUGAAACAGAGAUGGCAAGCUUGGUGUACUCAAGUCAGUCUCUGUUGGAAUGGUGCCAAAACGUCACACAAGGCUACAAGGGUGUGAAGAUCACAAAUUUCAGCACUUCGUGGCGAAACGGCCUUGCCUUCUGUGCCAUCUUGCAUCACUUCCACCCUAAUAAAGUGAAUUAUGAAAUGCUGGAUCCAUAUGACAUUAAACACAACAACAAAAAGGCAUUUGAUGGCUUUGCUGAACUUGGAAUCUCCAGGCUGAUAGAACCCUCAGAUAUGGUGCUGCAGGCAGUGCCCGACCGGCUCAUUGUGAUGACUUAUCUCAAUCAAAUCCGUACGUUUUCCACGGGUCAGGAGCUCAGUGUCAUACAGAUUGAAAAGAACAGCAGUGAGUCCAGUUACGCUGUGGGUGAGAAGAGGGAGGAAGCUGACCCCGAAGCUGCUGCUCGCUACUGUGCCGAACGACUCCAGAGCAGCGGCAUCACUCUUGAGAACAGUGCGAACUCGGCUGAAGGACAAGUUAAGGGAGAUUCUGGUGCUUUGAUGCCACUUCCAAGAACCAAGAGAACUCAGGGCCUAAGCCAAGCUGGAGGUUCAGGGGGCACACAGCCUCCAGUGGCUCCACCCAGAACUCCAUCCAAGGCUUUUUCUCAUGUUAGAGAUGCAGAUCUAGUAAAAAAGCGCAGAUCACAGCUACGGGAAAGUUCACUGGAUGAAGCUGAUAUGCAAGAACAGCAGAGUGCUAUAGAGUCUACAUCGGGCCUAGCAGAAACUGAAGGAAGAAGUUCAGAGUCACAAAACGUAGCGGUUGCUGAAGGAGGCGCCACCGGAGACAAGCAGGAUAUCAGUCAGUAUGUGUUGAGUGAGAUGCAGGCCCUGGAGACUGAACAGAAGCAAAUAGAUCAUAGGGCAGAUAUUGUGGAGAGGAAACUGAGAAAACUUAUGGAAACUGGUAAUGAUCGUGUAGAAGAAGAGAAACUGAUUCAGGAGUGGUUUACUCUGGUCAACAAGAAAAACGCUUUAAUCAGGCGACAAGACCAUCUACAGUUAUUACAAGAGGAACAAGAUUUAGAGAGAAGGUUUGAGCUGCUGAAGAAAGAGCUUCAAGAUCUAAUGGCUGUAGAAGAAUGGAAGAAAACACAGGCUCAUAAAACCAGAGAGCAGUUGUUGUUGCAGGAGUUGGUGUCUUUAGUUAAUCAGAGGAAUGAGCUAGUGCAUGACAUAGAUGCCAAAGAAAGAGGGGCUCUUGAAGAGGACGAAAGGUUGGAGAGGGGUCUGGAAUUGAGGCGCAGGAAGUAUGGAAGUCGUAAAGAAAAGUGUGUGUUACAGUGAGGGAUGAUUUGAGCCUGUAUCUAUGCGGGACUGUCUCCUUAAACACUCAACGGACUAGUGUGGUGUGUGUGGACCAUAUCACAAUAAAUGACAAAGAGUAGAUCAGCCCCUCAGUCUGCAUGUUGAAAAGGAUUCUGUACAGUCAGUAAUGCUUAUUUUUGGUGAAUUAAGAGUUUUUUAUCUUUUAAAAAACUUCUAGUCUGCAGAUAUCUUGUGUGAAAAAGUAAAAUGGACUGCUCUUUUUAAUAUAUAAUAUAUAAACUGUGGCUUUUGUAGUGUUACUUACCUGCAGUGUUAUUUUAUUUGUUUGUAUAACUCAGAUGAUGAACAUUAAUUGUAAUUAAAUUCUGACCUACAAAGCUAUGUAUAAUGUUACAUAAUCCUAAAGUUGAAAUAGGUUGAUGUUUAGUCCAAGCUUAAAGAAAAGAAACAGGUUUGUGAUGUGUAAAACCAGAAAAAAACAAAUCUAAGCUUUUGGGAGAAUGUUUUCUCCUAGGUCAUUAAAAUGUGUAACAAAAAUUGUUUUAGCCAAACAAAAAGCAAUGUGGUGAUAUACUGUACCAUAUAGUGGUAUACACUUAGGUAUAAACAAACUGAUGUAUGGGAGAUAGUAAGCAUUUUAACUUUUGCACAAAGAAACCAUACAUAUUUUCCAAUAGUGCACUAUGUUUGGGUUUUUAUGCUAAUGAUUUGCACACUCGGGUAAUUCCAGUUUACCUGUUGCCUGAUACACAGAAAACUAAUCUUUGUUUGUGUUUGAGUGAUAUUUUGUUUGUCUUAGGACUGCGCCUUAAGACUGAAGUGAAUUUAACAAAUGUUAUAAGUAUUUACAGUGACUAUCACAGUUAUACAUAUUAUUAGGUAUUUGAAACGAAAUCAAUUCAGAGGAAAUUCAGGAUAUUUUGUGUUGGAUUGCUCAGAGAAUUUUUUUUUGGUCAAAAUGUAUAGUAAAACAAGCAUGACCUUUUCAGAUAGAUACUGCUCACAUCACAGUGUAAACCGAGUGUUUUCUUUUUGGUGUGUGAUUUUAUCUUUAGGUGCCCGGUUGUAUAGACUUUAUGCUCUUUGCAUUAUCCUUUUCUGGGCACAUUUUUGCAAUAUUAUUAUUUGUCAUUAUUUCUAUUGUUACACCCCAGAGCUGACACAUUUGGAAAAUAAAAGGGUUUACAAUUCUAUA